AUGAAGUGGCUCUAUUUCGCAAGUGCGUAUCCUUCUCCUAUCAAAUUCAGGUCCAAUUUUUUCCCUUUUUCGAAGAAGGAUGCUGCGUGGGACACCAAAAAAACAAAUCCAUUCCUCCACACGCACUCUAUUUGCCGGUCACCUGCCACUUGUCACCCUGAUUCCAUGUCCUACCAUCAUCAACAGACCUUUUCAUCAAAAUAUUCAUCCAAUUCAUCCACAUCUUCCAUCCUGCCAAUACCAUCCAACACGCCCAAAUUAGUCAAGUCUAUUUGCUCCUCGACGGAAUCGACAACCAAAGAAAUUUUUUCACACAUCCUCCACCAAUCAAACAACCAUGUAAAUACCCUCCAUUUCACACCCAAAGAAUGGUCACAACUUCUAUUCAAAGCCAUACAAUUCGGAGACGAAAAUGUGGUUCGGGCCCUUCUCGAAUGGGGAGAUUACGAAAAUCAAAGAAUCCUUCAACAACUUUCACAUUCAUGUAAAAACGCCAAGUCCACUCUCUCAAAUUUACCUUACAGUUUGGAAAGUGGUGAUGAGCAAUCGUACGGAGCCACUGCUCUCCAUAAAGCAUGUUCCCUUAAUCGACCGCAAAUUGUGAGCAUGCUGUUACAGAGAAAUGAUGUGAGUCGAUGUGUGAAAGAUCACUCACAGUCCACACCAAUGCAUUAUGCAGCAUCGAAUGGUUCGUUGGAAUGUGUCAUGCUCUUGUUAAUGAAAGGAGUGAAUGCCUCAGAAGGCAAUUUUCGAAGAAAUGUCAAUGACGAUCAAUUAAUGUUAGAUUCUAAGGAUGCUUACGGAAAUACUCCUAUUCAUUUAGCAAUGAAGCACAAACACUAUCAAGUGGUCUCUGCAUUGCUAGACUAUUGUCCUAAUUUGGUGAAUUCGAGAAGAAGUAACUCACGAACGUUGCUGCACAUGGUGGUUGAAAAUUUUGAUGUGACAGGAUUGUCACUCAUUACAAAGGAACAUGCACAAGCCUUGUCCAAAAUUCAAAUCUAUGCCAAAGAUGAAAAUGGUUUAACGCCACUCAUGCUUUUGGUUAAGGAAUUUUCAAGACUCACUGAAAAUUCACAUCUUCGAAAAAAGAACCGCUUUUCAAUGCUCCUCCACCUUCUCUCCCUGUACGACUUGUCAGAAAUGUCACUUGUAAAUAGACACAAUGACCAUCAUUGCAAGAAUUUAUUUCACAUUGCUUGUCUCCAUAACUGUGCAGAUGUGGUUCGAAUCAUGGCCCUGUUCCUUAAUCGAGAACUUUAUUUAAACAUGCUUAAACAAUGCGAUAAGAAUGGCCAAAAUCCAUUUCACACAGCUUGUAAAUAUGGAGCAGAUCAAGUGUUGGAAACAUUCAUGCUGAUGGUCCAUAGUGAAACAGCAGACCACUCCAAAAUUGUACAAUCAAAAUCAAAACAUUGUAAUAUUAACUCUCGUGAAGAAUAUUUAGAAUGUAAGGAUAAGGAAGGUAAUACACCAUUGCAUGUAGCUGCCUUAUCGUUAGCUCUUGUGUCACCUGCCUCCAAUGAAGAAGAUGACGACUCUCCUUCGCCACGCGGCGUCUCUUUCAGCGCCAGUUGUUCAGAUUUACCCUCGACCUCUACUGUGACAAGCACUCGAUCAAAUAGUGCUCUUUCAUUUCCAGUGACGUUUGGAAAGGCGAACUCUGAGUCUUGUAUUGCCAAGUUUUCAAAAAGUUCCUAUUCACCACUCAGCAUGACACCUUCGGAUGAGGAUGUAACAAGUACAUUUGUACGAUGUAUUGAGGUACUGUUUCCAGUGGUGAGUUUAGACAUUGAAAAUUCCAAAAAACAUACCGUGCUGGAAUUGUUAAAUAAGACAAUCUUUUUCGAGAAUUCCAGUAUUUUCUCAACUUCAAUACAACACUAA